GCACAAUGGAAGUGCACAGGAUAUCAAAUUGUAUAACUCACUUGGAGAUGAUGUGAGAAGAGCCAAAGCAAAUGCUUCAUGUCCUGCCCCUGGGAAAAAGAGAACAAAGGCCAUGAAGCCUGCAGAGAGUGAACAGAAUCCUUGCAGUGCUGUUUAUCGCCGGCCCUUCAGGAACAGGGUGAUUCAUUUGCUUGCUCUGAGGACUUACAAGAAGCCAGAGUUACUUGCUCGCUUGCAGAGAGAUGGAGUCAUGCAAAAGGACAAGGGCACCCUUGGGAAGAUCCUUCAGCAGGUAGCCAAGUGGAAUCCAAAGGAGAAUUCCUUCAGUCUGAAGAAACAUCUAUUUCACACCCUUCAGACUGAUUGGCCUGGCUACACUGACAUAGACAGACAGAAUUUGAAGUUAAUACUUUCUGGAAAAUCAGCUCCAUCUCAGAACACCACUAACACCAGCCAAGAGACAUCUCUGGGACCUUCUGAGAGAGACGAUCCAGCAAGACCUGCUCAGAAACGGCCUCUGGCUUCCGACUUGACCAGUCCUGUGGCGAGCAAGAAGAGGAGAAUUGGUCACUGGCCCAGUCAUGUCCAGGCAGCAGCUGGUGGCCUCUUUUCUUCCUUCCUUUUGUCUUCCACAUCUCUUUAUCCUUUGGACAUGUCUCCAAGUGUUGUCUUCGUUUCCCCCUGCACCCAUGUCGUACAACAAACAGAGAAAUUUCAUCUUUCUACCAUCCCAGCACCUGUCAGGGUGGAAAAGGAGAUCCCCAAUUCAAAUGGGAAAACAAAUGAACUGGGGAGGCUGAAGCAGUUGCAGCCCUUGGAUUUCGAUGAAGGAACAAGAACAGAUCCUUCCAUUGCCUCCACAUGCUCUGCAACAAGCAACCAAGCAGACUACUUGAGAAAAUAUGGAGCCAUUGUCUCCUUGGAGCAACGCCAGCGCUACAAGGAUGACUUCAAUGCAGCGUAUGAGGAAUAUCGGAAUUUAUAUUUUAAGAUUGACAAGACCAUCAAGAAAUUCAGACAAUUUCAGGAGCAAUGGAAGUCUCUGACUCCAGGCUCCAAAGCUUAUCAGGUAAAGAAGGAUAAAACCAUGAAGACUGUGCUUUUUCAUAUCAGUGUUUUGGAUUCCCUGGAGCUGCUCAGUAAGACAGAGGGAAACGGUGGAACUGGCAAAUAUGCUCAGACACUGCUUGGGCUGGGUCUGAUUUUGGCAAGACCCUGCCCAAAAGCCCCGGUUUGAGCUGUCUAUGAAGAAACAGUUGCCUAUGAGAGGUGUCCCAAUGAGAGUCUUAGAGCAUGGGCUGCUUCUGUUGCCUAUUGAGAGGCUUAAGUACAGAUCUUGGGUGAUGCUCGGAGAUGGUGAUUUGUUUUGCAAACUUCCCAGAAGAGUGGUGGCUCACAGAGAAGAAAAUCUCUAGAAUCAGACUGAGUGUACUUUUACUAUUUUACCAAAGUUUGCAUUUUAAGGUGGUAGUGAAACAUUCUGAUUGUUUUUUUUGGUUAUGGGUUUUUUUUCCCUUGAAGAUGCUGCAUCAUCGAAUCCUAGCAGAUUAUCAGCAGUUACAACAGGUACGUGUGACACCACACCUGCAGGGCCAUGGCAACUGCUGAGUCUGCCUCAGGGCUUUCUUAAAGCAAAGGACAUCAGAUUCUAAACUCUGCAGAAGUGUUUGCAUGCCCUGAUUUUCUUUUGCUUUCUCCUUCACAGGGUAGCCCCAGCUACUCUGAAAUGAGGAGCAGGUGCCAGUACCUCCACAAAAAGGUGGCCCAUAUUCAGAGCUGCAUUUCUGAAUUUGACCAGCAGUGAGUGGAGUACUGGCACCAGACAUCUGCUUCAGCCUGGUGAAAUCUGUGACAUCUGGAUUUUUUAUUUCAAUGAGAAGAUUAGGUUUUUAGGAUUAUUUAAGUUAGUACACAUUCAUAGGCUAUGUUAGCACUUUGGAGUAGAUUAUUUCUUAAAAAUGUAGGAUUAGUUCAAAGAAGUUUAGUAAGUUUAAGAAGUUGAAAGAUGAUAGUAUUGACUAUUAACAAUAAAGAAAUGUCACUAAUGGUAAUUCCUUCUCUCAUUGUUGCUUGUAUCAUAUUUGGAUUGGAUUUCUUCUGGUCACUUGUUUUCUUCAAGUCCUAACUUUGUUCACUGAAAUAAAUUGAUCAGUAGAGGGCACUACCUCUACUAUGAAGUUGUGCUCAUUUUAAGAAAAGAUUGUGGCAAAUGGACAUUCUUUAUGAUAUUAUAGAAUUCUUUAUGGUUCUUGUUAAUUCAAACUCCUUACCUAAAG